AUGCCACUCUGGGUGUUCUUUGUGAUCCUCACCCUCACCAGUGGCUCCCAUUGCUCACUGCCCACCUCACUGCCCUUCAGGAUGAGGCGAUAUGCAGACGCCAUCUUCACCAACAGCUACAGGAAAGUUCUGGGCCAGCUGUCUGCCCGCAAACUGCUCCAGGACAUCAUGAGCAGGCAGCAGGGGGAGAGGAACCAGGAAGGAACCAGAAUACGGCCAGGCCGGCAGGUGGACAGCAUGUGGGUGGACCACAGGCAGGUGGCGCUGGAGAGCCUCUUGGUAGCCCUGCUGCAAAAGCACAGCAGGAAUUCCCAAGGAUGA